AAGCUUUUAGUCAGUCCGAUUGUGAUCUUUAACAAAUCCAAACGGGCUGACCAGUGGUGUCAACUAGCCUGCAGAGAUUUAUUUAGGGCUGUUAGCCCCUCAGAUGCUCACCAGCAGCUGUUGUGAGUGUGUGUGAGCGCAUGCGUGUCUGGACUCUCCCUUUCUUCUGAUCGCACAACUUCUGUCUGUCUGGAAACCACGGUCACAAUGACUCUCCAGUGGACGGCCGUGGCUUUCUUCCUCUAUGCAGAGCUAGCAGUCAACCUCAUCUUGUGUAUACCAUUCAUAUCAGCACGGAGGUGGCGUUCAGUUUUCAACUGGAGAAUAUGGAACUGGUUAUCUCCAUACUGGAACAAAUGCUUCUUUACUAUGAUCAUGGUUCUGAUUGUUCUUUUCCUUGAUGCUGUCCGUGAGGUGCAGAAGUACUCGGGUCCUGAGCCCAUGCAUGACGCCGUGGUGAACCCAAAUUUGUACGACAAUGUCCACAUGAAGCUGUUCAGAGCCCAGAGGAACCUCUACAUCUCUGGCUUCUCCCUCUUCCUCUGGCUUAUCAUGCGUCGGAUUGUCACCUUGCUAAACCAAGUUGCUGUCACCGUGGAGAGCAGUGCAGGUCUUCAGGCCCAGAUGGACAACGCUGUCAAAGCAGCCAAACAGCACCAGGACGACAACCUGAGGCUCAAACAAGCUCUCCUGGAUGAGGAAAAAUCCAUGUCAGCAAAAAAACAGCAACUGAAACUGGAGAGUGAGAAGCUAGCAGAUCAGGUGAAGGCUGCUGAGGAGGCUGCACACAAGUCUCAUGCUGAAGUGGAGGCCAUGAGGAGGCAGGCCAAAGGUCUGGCACAAGAGUACGACAGACUAUUGAGGGAACACAAUCAACUCCAGAAUCAGAGUCCUGCAGACAAAAAGGAUCAGUAAACACCGGGAACACGAUGACAACUGUUUUCAGAUUUCUUCUCUGUACUGUACACGGAUACCUUUUCUUCACGACACUAUACUGUGUGCUAUAUGCAGUAGGCCACCAGAGGCAAUGUUUCUAUUAUGUUUUACAACGUUGACGUUUAAACCUAGGCACCAUUUUUUGAUUUUUAAUUGAUGGGAUCAAACAAACGGUAGGCUGUAGUAUAUCAGAUAUCAGGAGCAUGUCAAGUUGUCAAAUGCUGAAAACAUCUUCUUACUAAAGUCUUUAUUAUGAACAUAAAAUAUAUCUUUUCGCAUAUUACCCUUUUUAAGUAUUAAAAGUGUACAAAUCAAUUGAAAUUUUGUCUCAUUGGCUCAUGCUUAUUCUAACUUUUAAUAAUCAUUAAUACCUGACAACAUCCCAGAAAUACAUUAUGCUGUUAAGCUAAACUUAAUGUCACCGUAGAGAUUGUGCACCCGUUUAGUCAGAUUUGCAUAGACCAGACCACCACAAUAGUGUCCUCCUGUUAACACAUAAUAACUAAUGAAUGCUCUACAUCAAGUCAUUGCAUUUUUAUGAUUGUCAUGAAUUCUAAUUUACUAUGACUGAAGCAUCGCAUGUCUCAUUUGUUUGGAUUUCAUAUAAACCUUUAAUCAA